AUGUUGCUCCCCAAGGGUGGAUUGAGCUGGAAAUCGGCGAGGGCGCAGAUCCCUCCGACCAGGGCAUUGUGGAAUGCCGUGACGCGAACACGAUUCAUACUGCUGGUUGGAGUUACGGGAAUCAUCCUGCUGCUAUGGCGUGGCGUGUCUAGCUCGGCGUCAGAGAUGCAGAGCUUCUAUUGCCGGGGUCCGGCUAAGCCACCCAUGGAAAUGUCACCGAACGAGCACAACAGAUGGAAUGGGCACUUGCAGACACCGGUCAUCUUCAACCACCAUGCCCCCAUCGAAGUCAAUUCGAGCACAAUUGAGCACGUCGACCUCAACCCCGUCAACUCGACCAAGCAAGCCAUUGCCAAGGAAGAGAGGAUACUCAUCUUGACGCCGUUGAAGGAUGCCGCGCCCUAUCUGUCAAAAUAUUUCGAGCUCCUUGCGGAACUGACAUAUCCCCAUCGACUGAUUGACUUGGCGUUCCUUGUGUCAGAUUCUACCGACGACACCCUCGCCGUUCUUGCCUCCGAACUCGACCGCAUCCAGAAGCGACCCGAUCAGAUUCCCUUCCACAGCGCAACGGUCAUUGAGAAAGAUUUUGGAUUCAAACUUAGCCAAAACGUUGAAGAGAGACACUCGUUUGAGGCUCAAGGACCCCGACGGAAGGCCAUGGGCAGGGCUAGAAACUACCUUCUCUACACGGCUCUGAAACCCGAACACUCUUGGGUUUACUGGCGUGAUGUAGACAUUGUGGACAGCCCUACAGGGAUUUUGGAGGACUUUAUUGCUCACGACCGAGAUAUUCUGGUUCCAAACAUUUGGUUCCACCGCUACCGUGACGGUGUGGAUAUCGAGGGCCGAUUCGAUUACAACUCCUGGGUCGAGUCCGAUGAGGGUCGCAAGCUGGCGAAUAGCCUAGACAAGGAUGUCGUUCUCGCCGAAGGCUAUAAGCAAUACGCCACUGGCAGAACCUACAUGGCGAGAAUGGGCGACUGGCGCGAGAACAAAGACGUGGAACUUGAGCUCGACGGCAUUGGCGGUGUCAAUAUUCUUGUCAAGGCAGACGUGCACCGCUCCGGCAUCAACUUUCCUUGCUACGCUUUCGAAAAUCAAGCCGAAACUGAAGGAUUCGCCAAAAUGGCCAAGCGUGCUGGCUAUGAAGUCUAUGGUCUCCCCAAUUACGUUGUUUGGCAUAUCGACACCGAGGAAAAGGGCGGCAAUGCGUAA